AUGUCUUCUUUGUCAUGGGAUAACUUAAAAUAUAGCUUACAGCCAUGGAUUAGGACAGCAGUAGAAGCAAUGGGGUUUGAAACGAUGACUCCCGUACAGGCAUCUACUAUACCUCAUUUCUGCGCCAACAAGGAUGUUGUAGUUAACAGUUAUACAGGUUCAGGAAAAACCAUAUCUUUUGUCAUCCCAGUAUUGGAAAGAUUGAUAAAAGAGUGUGGCUACAAAGGAAAUGAAAAUAGCGGCGAUGAUAUUGAUAAAAAAAUGAAACCUUUGCCAAGAGGACAAUUUCACACGCUAAUUGUAGCACCUACCAGAGAAUUAUCUAAUCAAAUUUCAAAAGUUUUUGAAAAGUUUAUUGAAUUUUAUCCAUAUAACAAUGAUAUUAAAACAUUAUUAUUAGUUGGAGGUGAUAGUAAACAAUCAGUUCAAGAAGAUGUUCAACUUUUUCUCGAUACAAAUGCCUCCAUUUUAAUUGGUACGCCAGGUAGAGUUUUGGAUUUUUUAAGUAGUAGCAAAGUAUCUUGUAAAGCAUGUGGAUGUGUCGUUUUAGACGAAGCUGAUAGAUUGCUAGAUGUUUCAUUUAUUAAAGAUGUCGAGUCAAUUUUAUCAUUUUUACCAAAACAAAGACGGACGGGUUUGUUUUCUGCCACUAUUGAUAGCGCUGGUAUGAAUAUAUUCAAAACAGGGAUGCGAAAUCCAAUUAAAAUUAACGUAAAGCCAAGUGUAAAUAACAAUGGUAGUAAAACAUCUAAGCCUUCCAGCUUGGCUAUUAGUUAUAUUGUUUUGAAACCAGAAUUAAAGCUAAAGGCAUUGCUAACAUUACUUUUUAAAUACAAAUAUAAAAAGGUGAUUGUAUAUUUUCCCACAUGCCAAGCAGUGACUUAUUUCUAUUCAAUGAUUCAACAUAUUCUUCAAAUUUUAAGAGAAAAUGGUGGUGAUGAUAGCGUGCAACCGCCAGAUGAUUUAAAAUUUUUUUCUUUGCAUGGUAAAUUAUCUACCAACUCUAGAGUAAAAACAUUACGCCAAUUUGAGGAGACGUUGCUAAAGUGUUGUUUAUUAACUACAGAUGUCGCAGCCAGAGGUAUUGACAUACCUGAUGUUGAUUUAGUCGUCCAAAUGGAUCCACCAACAGAUACUGAUAUUUUUUUACAUAGAUGUGGUAGAACUGGUAGAGCCAAUAAUUCAGGCAGGGCUAUAUUUAUGUUGAAUGAGGGAAGAGAAGAAGAUUAUAUUCCAUUUUUAGCAGUUAAAAAUAUCGAAGUGGAAGAAUUGGAAAACUUUACCAUUGACGAAAACCUUUAUGACUUAGAAAGUAUACAUUCUUGGAUAUUGCAGGAUAGAAGUAGAUUUGACGAGAGUGUUAAGACUUAUGUUGGGUUUAUAAAAUAUUAUUCUAGGCAUAGUGCUUCCUCAAUUUUCAGAUUGCAAAGUAUGGAUUACAUAAAUUUGGCUAAACUGCAUGGAUUAAUCAGAUUGCCAAAAAUGCCAGAAAUCACCAAAUAUUUAGACAUUACUAUGAAUGUUAGUAACAGACAACUUAUGGAAAAUGGUGGUUGGCUAAUUGCUAAUCCGGUUAAUAUGAAUAAAUAUGCUUAUUCUGACAGGCAAAGAGAGAAGAAGAGGUUAAAAGAGCUGCAGGAAUUAUCUGCAGUACGUGAUAAGAACAAAUUGAAACGUGAGUUGAAAAAAAAAAAUCUUGCUUGGUCUAAUAAGACUGAAACAAAGGAAAAAAAGUUGGAAAGAAAACAAAAACUAAGCAUAAAAAGGAAAGCCAUUGAAGAACGAAUAAAAUUGGAAGAAACAAAAGUGCAAGAAUAUAACGACGAUGAUGAGGUUGAUUGGAAAGAUUUAAUUCAAGCUAAAAAAAGACAAAAAAAUAGCAAUAACAAUAGCGAAGUUCAAGGUACAUUUGAUGAUUUGUGA